AUGAGGGCAGUGACGACAGCGGCAGCAGAAAUGUUGGGGAGUGCCGGGACAAAAUCGCUAAUUCAGCCAAACUAUGUAAAGGCUGGCCAGAAGAUGACAGUUACCCAAUCCCUUGCAAACGAUCGUGUUUUGUUGGCGACGUCGGUCCCGAUGCUUGCAUUCAGCCUCAACAACCCAAAGCAUCGUGAAGUAGAGCGGCGACACAACUUCUCUGUCACAGAACAGAUUGUUGGUGACCAUGUGAAAUCCAUCGGCAUUGUGGGCCUUCUGGUCAUUUGUAUCGCCUCCACUCACAUCAGCCGGCUCGGACCCUUCACCAUAGCCUCAGUCGAGCCUGAACACGUCGGCCAAGGUUGCACUCAGGCCUGGAGACGUACGACUUACCAGAAACGGCGUCGAGUGCCCCAAGGCAAGAAGGCGAAUGCCCAGACCAUGGAGGAUGUUUAUCAUGCCCGCGGUGCCGGCGUACUGGCCGAACGCCACGAGUCUGGUGCCCGAUUCGUCCAACAUGCGCUCGUAGUCGAUCACGCGGAUGUUCUGCUCCCGCCGCGAUUGGCGCGAUGA